CUCCGAGCUCCCAACGCGGCCAUCUUUAUUUAACUCAUUCAUGAAAAGUGUUUGUAAGACACUGGAACAUUGUUGCAUUUGGCGACGCAUCUAACGAACCUCUGGACAUAUUUAUAUUGUUUUUGUAUCCGCGUGCUCCAGCGUGUGCUACAUCGCAGCGUAUUUCUGUCACAGCCAAAGUUGGACUGAAAGCGUUAGAAUGAGAAAAAAGCAGAAUGUGAAACAGAGAAAGGCAGAAACAAUAAUAACACCAACACCAUUAACAACAACAACAACACUAUCAACAACAACAACAACAGCAGCAGCAGUCGUCCAGGAGUUUGUGGUGGAGAAGAUCAUCCACCGAAGGGUCUUCAAUGGAAGAGUAGAGUACUAUCUGAAGUGGAAAGGAUUCACUGAUGCUGACAACACCUGGGAACCAGAGGACAACUUGGUCUGUCCUGAACUGAUAGAAGAGUUCCUGAGAAACCUCUGUUUGUCUGGAGAGAAUCAGGUUGAGGAAGAGAACCUACGGCCGGUGGAACCAGAGCUAGUCCCCAAAGAGGAACUGGCAGAACAGGAGACUGAGAUUCAGGUGUACAGCGAGCAGAGACAUAAUGACCUCCAGGAACCUGCUGACCAGGAUUCUCCUACUGCCCUCACGUGUCCCCUGGAUCCUGAACGCAUCAUCGGCUCCACAGACAGACACGGAGAACUCAUGUUCCUCAUCAAAUGGAAGAACCGUGACGAGGUGGCCCUGCUGUCAGCCAGGGAGGCCAGCGCCAGGUAUCCUGAGGUGGUUGUAGCCUUCUACGAGGACAAACUCACCUGGCACUCUGGGGACGAGGACCAGUAAAGGAUGUGUGUGUGUCGUAGAGUGUGUGUGUGCAUGUGAGUACACAAGUAUGGAUGUGAACUGACAAGCAUCUGUAGGCAUCUCAUAGGUUAAUUUCUCCUCCAGCGAACCAAGGUCCUCCUUGAGCUGACAUUAAAAGCACAGUGUGUGAAACGAUGUCCUGCUGCAGGUAGAUUGAGUCAUGGUGGCAGGUGUAAAAGCCCUCUACGGGGUCUUCCUGCUUCCUGUGGUGCUGGGUGAGGUCACAAUGCCUUUGGGGUGUAGUGCAGCGUGUGGUGGAGUUCAGAACCGUUCAUAGAGACGUCUGUCUCUCUCUGUGGCCCUGAUUGAGUUGAAACUAAUGACAUGAAGGCAGACAGCCGGUUCACACUGAUAGAUUCUCCCCUCAGUCUAUUGUACAACCUAACAACCCGAAGCUCUUUGUCAAAGCCUGACGAAGGGUGCGAGUAUCUCUGGAUUACUCGUGACUGGAUGUGUGUACACUACGUUUGAAGAGUUGAAACUAACCCUCAGCAUUCCUUUCCCAGUGUCUUCAUGUACUGCAGCAGACUGAAUCACUGUGGACACUGUGUUCUGUUUGACUACUGAUACUGUGGUCGUAGAACCCAUGUGAUUGUAUUGGAGUUUAGUACUAGAUUUAGUU